AUGGCCCUGGAUCCGCAGUCGACGCUCAUCCAGCUCGAGAGCCUGAAGCUCGAGAAGACGCCGCCGGCGAUCAAGCCGCGGCGGUCGCGAUCCGCGUGGUGCGUCCUCCUCGUCGCCGUGUCGUGCCUCGCCGUCGGCUUCGUCGGCGGCGCGCUCUUCGCGCGGCUCACGCGCGACGGCGGCGACGACGACGACGACGUCGCGGCGGACGCGAGCGCCGCGGACGCCGCCGCGGACGCCGCGGUGGACGCGGACGGCGCGGUGGACGCGGACGCGCCGACGCCGCGGCCGACCGCCGCGGCGCCCGCGCCGGCCGCGGCGCCCGCGCCGCGGCCGACCGUCGCGCCGCCGGCGCCGACGGCCGCCGCGUCGACGUUCUGCUGCUACUACACGCCGUCGGACUGCGGCGCCUGCGAGGACGCGGCGGCGGCCGACGACUGGUGCUCGGCCGCGCGCGACCGCUGCGAGGGCUCGUGCGGCGCGACGUGGUGCGCCAGCGGCGCGCCGGCGCCGUCGCCGCGGCCCACGGCCGCCGACGGCGCGCCGACGGCGGGCCCGACGGCGACGCCGCGGCCGUCGGCCGCGGCGCCGACGGCCGAGCGGAGCCUCUUCGCGACGGCGCCCGGCUACUACGUGAACCCGACGCUCGCCGCGAACCUCGACGCGUCCAUCGCGACGACGGACGACGCGGCCGUCGCCGCGACGCUCGAGGCCAUGAAGGGCGUCGCGUCGGCGUACUGGAUCGACGUCAAGGGGAAGCUGGACCCCAACGGGACGUCGACGGCGGACGCGCGCGGUAUACUUUUAGACGCCGCGGCGCACGCGGAGCCGCCGCUCGUCGUCUUCAUCGUCUACGACCUGCCGAACCGGGACUGCCACGCCUACGCGUCCAACGGCGAGAUCUGCUGCGCGUACAACGACGACGGCACCUGCGACUACGACAACUCGGGCGACUGCGCCGCGGGCCUCGACCAGGGCGGGAAACAAACAUAUUCGACACGACUUCAAUGCCUCGACGAGUACAAGACGACCUACGUCGACCCCUUCGCGGCAAUCCUCGCGGAGUUCGAGGGCGUCGUGCCCGUGGCGCUCAUCCUCGAGCCGGACUCGCUGCCCAACUUCGCAACGAACCUCGACGACCCGCGCUGCGGGAACAUAGGGACCAAAAACGCGUACGAGCUCGGCAUCGCCUACGCCGUCGAGGCCCUCAAGGCCGCGGCGCCGUCGGCGCACAUCUACCUGGACGCGGGCCACGGCGGCUGGCUCGGCUGGGAGGACAAUUUGGAGUCCUUCGCGUCGACCGUCGCGUCGCUCGGCGUCGAGGACCACCUCCGGGGCUUCGCGACGAACACGGCCAACUACCAGCCCCUCGGCGAGCCCUGCGCCGACGGCGUCGACUGCAUCACGGGGCCCGGCGCGUCGUCCGCCUGCUGCGACGACCCCUGCGGCCUCCUGUCCCAGUACAACCGCGGCCAGAACCAGGGCAGCACAAGAGAGCGAAAUUCCCAACUUCAAAGGCUCCGAUCUCGGCCGUUUUCCACUCACGCGAAGAUCGCGGCGAUGAUCGCCUCCGCGGCGGCGCCCGGCGCGCCCGACGACGGCGGCGGCGACGACGACGACGAUGACGACGCGGAGCCCUUGGAGCCCCCCGCGCCCGCGGCGCCCGAGGAGCCCGAGGAGCCCGAGGACCCCCACCGGCGCCGCUCGCCGCGCGCGGGCGACGUCUGCCGGGGCGCCGCGGCGUCGCGGGCCGUCGCGGCGCCCGGGUCGCUGGCCGCGGAGCUCGAGGAGACGCAGGCGACCUUCGAGCAGGUGCCGGCGCCGCCGACGGGCUUCGGCGCGCUCGCGGCGCUCGACGCGUUCGUGAGCGGGCCCUCGCCGCCGCCGACGCCGCCGCCCGCGCCGCCGCCGCCGCCCGAGCCCGAGCCCGAGCCGAGCGACGACGACGAGGCCGCGGCGACGCGCGCGCGGAGCGAGUCCGAGGCCGCGGAGAAGACGCAGAGCUCCUGGAUCGAGUCCGUGCGCUUCGGGGACCUCAUCUCCCUCGAGGGCCACCUCGACCCCGCGCUCGUCGAGGACUCCUUCUUCGUCCGCGGCGACGCGACGUCGGGCCAGGUCGACGCGGCGCUGAGCGACGCCGAUUUCCGGAGCUGCCUCUGGCGCGUCGUGCCGGCGCUCAAGUACGAGAAGCUCGAGAGCUGGUGCCGCGCGAAGACGAAUUUGACGCUCGACCGCCGCCACGACCGCGUGUCCGUGUCGGCGCUGCUGGACAGCCUGGGCGUGCGCCUCGAGCGGCCGCCGGCGAAGACGGCGCCCGCCGCGGCGGAGAACCUCGCCGCUUUGAAGGUCCAGCGCGAGACGAAGGGCAACGCGGAGAAGCUCGCGGCGACGCUCGGGGCGGCAAAAGAGAGCGACAUUCCCAACUUCAACGGCUCCUCUCUCGGCCGUUUUCCACUCGCGACGCUCGAGGACGCGGGCACGGCGCGCGCGCGGGACCUCAUGUUCAACGAGCCCUUCCAGCUCCAGCACGUCGUGACGGGCAUGUUCUUCACCUGCGCGUCGUCGCUGGGCGCGGACCUCGACACGCGGCGCGCGCCGGGCCUCGGCGGCGAGGACGGGCGGCCGCGGAAGCUGCUGCUGCACCCGGGCUGCGCCGGGUCCGUGCUGCUCUUCAGCCCCAUGGGCGACGCCGGCGAGGUCGCGCGGCGGGCGCCCGUGUCCUACAACGACAGCGCGUUCCUGCUCGUGCGGCCCCAGGGCGACGGCGCACCGGGCAAGGGCAAGGGCGCGAAGCAGGGCGGCCGGCGCCUCGCGGGCAUCUUCGACCCCGUAGAGACGACGGACGCGGCGCGCGCCAUCGCGCUGUCGCCCUGCGACCACGUGGCCACGGCGCGGUGCCCCCUCCGCGAGCUCGCCGUCUACGCGCAGCCGAGCCCGCUCGCGAUCCGGCCCUACGCGCGCUACCCGUCCGCGGCGCUGCGGAACCUCGUGCACAACACGCCCUUUUUUCUGUUGAGCCAGCGCCUGCGGCGCGCCGUCGUCGUCCGCGACGGCGGGACUUUGGGGGACCACUGCGCGGUGCACGACGAGGUCGACGACGCCGACGACGACCUCGGCUCCGAGGACGGCGAGGGCGCGCGGGAGGCCAAGGUGGGCUUCCAGGAGGCGCAGCGCGAGGACAUCGUGCGCGGGGCGGGGUCCGCGCACCUCGAGAGCGCCAUGAUGGCCUUCGUGGCCGAGCCGGUGAUGCGGCGCGGCCCGGGCAACGACCUGCUCACGCGGGGCAUCUGCUUCGGCGACGUCUUCCACGUGCGCCACGCGGUCACGGGCGCCUACCUCGCCAUGGCGCCGACGGUCGCGCCGGUCAAGGGGCCCGGGGGCGUGGACCGGCGCGACGCGCUGCUCUUCGACGACGACGACGGCCCGGACUCCGUCGACGACGCGACGCGCGCGCUCCUGGCCUUCAAGCUGCUGCCCGGCGGGCCCGAGCCGCGGCCGCCCCUGGGCACGCCCGUGCUCGACGGCAUGGCCUGCCUCGUCGCGUCCGCCGCGCGGCCCCUGCGCCUGCACGCGGACGCGGACGCGACGUCCGUGUCGUUCAGCGAGCUCCCGUCGAUCUCCGACGCGGACGGCGGCGCGGAGACGGCGCUCACGAACCACGAGUCCUACUACUUCGACCUGCGGUACCUGACCCCGAAGGAGCACGAGGAGCUAACGCACUGCGCGUCGCUGCGCCGCGUGUCGCACGUCUACACGGCCGUCUGCAAGACGCUGAGCAUGCUGCCGCCCAACGCGGGCCUCACCAGCCCCCGCAAGGGCGACGAGAGCCGCGACGACGACGCCUUCGGCGGGCCCAUGCGCGGCUCCGACGCGCGCAAGGUCCUCGCGGCGCUCGCGUCCGUGACGCGGUCCCUCCAGCGCACGUACGUCGAGCUCGGCGGCCGCGACGAGCCGUCGCGGAUGAUCAUGACGAACCUCAGCGGCCUCGUCGACGACCCGCCCCGGGCGUCCAUGCAGAACAUGUGCCGCACGUCGGGCUUUUUAGACGACCUCGUGAACAUGGCCGUGACGCCCAUCAACCUGGGUUUAGACAUUCGGUUCCACGGGCGCCGCUACGCGGACGACCGCUUCGACGCGUAUCUCGCCCCGGUCCAGAAGGCCGUCCUCGCCGUCCUCGGCCGCGCCAUCCUGGACAACCGCGAGUGCGAGGCCCACUUCGGCGUCGGGAGCGUGCUCAUCCGCCAGGGCGAGGCGCUGCGGGCGCUGCAGGUCCAGGGCGACGCGUUCGAGCCCGCGCAUCGGAGCCCUUGGUUGGUUUUAAAGGCGGCGAUCCUGCGCGAGGUCGCGGACAAGCGCCACUGGUCCAAGGCGAAGCGCCACGCGGCCUGGCGCAAGGGCACGUCCAAGGUCUUCCACCGGCCCGUGUCCUUCGUCAACGUGGUGUCGUUGCAGGCGGGCCACCGCCUCGGCGCGGAGCGCGUGCUCGCGACGCUCUUCAUCUCGGAGGAGACGCUGACGAACGCCGUCGUCGCCAACGCGGCGCUCGUCCGCAAGUUCUGCGAGUUCAUCCUCCAGGUCCACGGCCCGCGCGCGGAGUUCCUCGAGGUGCUCGCGGCUUUAUGCACCGUCGACGGCAAGGACGGGCGGUCGCGGUCCAUGCUGCGCAUGCAGGAGAUCUGCGGCACGCUGCUCUUCAACACGGAGAUCGCCGGCCAGGCCGCGGACCUCGCGGACCACCUGCUCCUGGCCAUCUCGCCGUCGGACCUGCGGGACAACCGCGCGCCGUCGCUGCCCAAGGAGGUGCACCUGUCGUGGAACGCGGACUCGAAGGAGUACCGCGUCGAGGCCGUCGACGAGCUUUUUUAUGAUGCCUACUCGCCGAAGCUGUUUUUUCGCGACGGGCUCAAGGAGGUGCUCUGGCCGGGCGCGCCGCGGCACGCGGAGGCGCGGCCGGCCAUCGAGGUCUACGCGCUCGGGGAGCAGCUCCAGCCCGUGAAGAAGGUGCGGCGCGCCGACGGCAUCGCCUGGGUCAAGGAGUCGGACCUGGAGAUGAGCGAGAAGAACGUGUCCGGGCCCAUCCGGCUCAAGGGCGACGCGGAACUGGAGGCGCUCGCCGCGGAGGCGACGGACCGGGCCGGCGAGCGGAAGAUCGCGACGCGCGAGGAAAGGCUGCUGAACCAGCUCCAGAUCGGGCGCUACUUCGAGGCGCAGCUCAAAUUACUGGGCGACCUCUGCGCCGGCCGGUCGGCGCAGAACAUCCUGAAGCUCCAGGCGCGCGGCGGCUUCUCCUACGAGACGCUCGUCGCCGUCUUCCGCGACGCGCGCGUGGCGCCGUGCCUGCGUUCGGAGACGCUGAACCUGCUCAACAACCUCUACCUGGACCGCUGGCCCCACGCGCGCGUCGCGGCGCCGGCGCUGCUCUGGGUGCUCGAGGACGUCGAGUCGCGGAGGCUGAGCCCGGGCGCUUCCGCGGACGCGCUGCCCCGGUCCGCGACGCCCAUCGCGGAGCCCGUGCGCGACGGCUUCGCGGCGCUCCGGCGCGAGCUCAGCCGGCAUCUCGCGACGUCGGCGACGCUCAACCCGGAGAACGUCGCGUCCAACGAUUUGACGGCCAAGGUCGUCGACAUCGCGUCGACGCUCUUCGACUUCGGCCUAUUCACGGUGGGCACGGUCGACGACACGAUCGACCUCGCGCGGCGCUUGGUGGACCUGGCGAACCCGGCCAUCGACGCGCCGGCCGUGGACAAGAGCCACCUGAAGCCCGUCGCGCGGGCCAAGGCGCGCGCGCUGCGGGGCCUCGCGCAGAUCAACGACGCGACGAUGCACUGGCGCAUCGAGCGCAUCCUGAGCUACCUGUUCGAGGAGAUGGGCGACCGCACCUUCGACGUGCACAAGUUCCCCAACGUCGACCCCGACCGGCCGAAUCUCGGAGACAUCCUGCGGACGUGCUACGGCAAGGUCAUCGGCGCGCACUCGGAGGAGCUCCGGUGCGCGGUCGACAACACGUUCAACGGGCCGGACGUGCGGGCCUACGAGGCCGCGGCCUUCGGCCCGCCGGACCAUCUGAGGGGCGUGCUCUCCGGCCUGCUCAUCUCCGACGACGACACGUUGUUCGAGGCGGCGCUGUCGGCGCUCGUGGACACGCACUCGGUGCACGGGAAGCUCGUCGACGCGAUCGAGCGCGGCACGUUCCUGAAGACGUCCAAGGGGCUGCCCGUCUUCGGGAAGCUCGACACGCUGAAGGGGUUGGUCAUCAACCUGCGGUCGGCCAUCGACACGGCGUCGACGUGGAUCAAGGAGCACACGUCCGCGGCGCCGGCGAGCCCCGCGUCCGUCGACGGCUCGUCGUCGGGGCGCCGCGCGCCGUCGCCCGUCGGGGGCGUCCCCCCGCCGGUCGCCCGCGACAAGAAGGCGGCGAACGUGCUGACGACGGUGACGAACGCGCUGUUCUGGGUCGAGAUCUUCGUCUACUUCGACGAGGACGAGGACCGGAAGGAGGCCAUGCCGACGGAGUGCAACAUCGUCCUGGAGGGCGGCGCGGACUACGACGGCGGCUCCGGGGCGUCGACCAUCGACAUGGUCGUCGCGACGUCGCCGCCGCCGUCCUGGCUCCCGGACUGGUUCCUGGACCGCACGAACCGGCCGAGCCACGAGGCGCCGCUCGGCCCGAACGCGCACCACCAGUCCAUCUGCUUCUCCCUGGGGCUCAUCGACAUCCUGAUUCUCGCGUUGAAGAUGGGGCGGUCCCUCAUCAAGACGACGGACUCGAACCAGCCGGGGGCGAGCAACGCCAUGGCCGUGCUCGUCGACGUGAGGGUCCGCGUGAAGCGGCUCGUCGACGCCGUCGUCUACUGUCUAUUGUCGCUCAUCGACGGCCACACGCUGGCGAAGACGUCGGUGCUCGAGCGCAUCGAGGACAUCAUCGACUGCAUCGAGGUCACGUCGCCGAAGAAUCUGGUGACGCUCUGCCAGAGCAUUUUUGAAGAUGAAACCGACCUCUGCAAAUCCGCGGACCGCAGGGCAGCAAAAGAGAGCGAAAUUCCCAACUUCAAAGGCUCAUAUCUCGGCCGGUUUCCACUCGCGGACCGCGCGCUCAUCCGCCUCAUCUGCUCCUACGCGCACCAGGGCGCGCGCGAGCUCUGCGAGGGCGGCGAGCACGUGCGCGCCGACGCCGACUCCUUCCUCUGCGCCACGCUCCAAUUAUUGAGAACCAUCGCGGGCGGCGACGAGCGCCAGCCGCACCCCGCGGUGCAGUCGUGCAUCGAGGACGCGCUCUUCGAGAACCAGGACCUCGGCGCCAUCGAGCGCUUCCGGCGCAUCGCGACGGCGUCGUCGACGUCGCCGGCCAAGGCCGCGCAGACGUCGGCCAAGGCCGGCGCGUCCAUCGCGUCGCAGGACACGCGCGUCGCGUUGAUCCAACUGCUGGAGACGGUCGCGCGCGACCGCGCGGCGCUGUCGAUCCGGAACGUGCUGCCCAUCCCCUUCCUCGCGAAGGAGCUCAUCACGCUCGACGCGCACAAGACGGAGCUAUCUAUUCGCGUGCAGACCAUUCUGGGCAAUCUGUUGUACCACGUCUUCUUCGCGACGGGCGAGCCCGAACUGGUAUUGUUCACGGAGACGCUGCGGUCGCUGCUCCUCAACGACGAGCCGCCAGAGGCCGAGGGGCUCCAGAGAUUGCAGGCGUCGCUGCUGGUCUUGAAGACCUUCGCGGAGGCGGUGACGGCCCAGGAGAAGGCGCGGCGCGACGAGGCGGGGCGCGGGCGCCUGAAGGAGGAGCUCGAGGAGCAGAAGAAGCGCAUCGGCCUCGUGUCCAUCACGGCCUACAAGGCCCUCGCGCACUGGACGAAGCGCAGCGACCGGCCCCGCGAGGAGGCGCGCCUGCUGCGGUCGUCCAUCGGCCUCGCGGGCCGCUGUGCGGGCCGCGCGGCGCGCAUGCUCGCGCCCGACGAGCUCGAGGCGGCGGUGAUGACGGACCAGCAGCGCCUGGCCAAGUCCCAGGAGUCGUCGAGCACGUCCCUCAUGAAGAACGUCAAGGCCGCCAAGGUGCCCAAGACCAUGUUCGACGUGUCGUCCAUGUUCGUCGGCGGCGACGAGGAGGCCGAGGCGCGCGCGUCCGACUUCUCGAGGCCCAAGCCCGCGAUCGAGCACGUGCUCAACACGCUCGUGCUCGACGAGUUCUUCGAGCUGCGCAUGGAGCAGGAGCGCAUCGCGCUCCUGUUGUUGUUGCGCGGCGACCCGCUGAAGAUCGACAAGGACGACGACGGCGGCGACGACGCCGAGUCCGAGGACGACGAGGAGGAGAAGAAGAGCGAGGCCGGCGACCACGUCGCCGUCGAGAUCGAGGACGAGCCCUUCCUCAAGGAGGCGACGCCGAGUAAGCGGCCCAGGGCCGCCAAGGCGCCCGCGAAGGAGGUCGAGCUCGCGCCCGCGCCGGCGAAGAAGGCGGCGAAGUCCGCCGCCGCGGACGUCGAGCCCGCGCUCGCGAAGAAGGGCACGGGCGAGGCGACGCCGCCCCACCCGGGCAUCGCGAAGAUCCACGCGCGGUUCCUCAAGUACAUGCGGGACCGCAUGGACUGCCACGAGCCCCACACGACGAAGGCGAAGAUCGAGAUCGUCAAGCUCAUCCGCGAGCACCUGGUGCUCGUCGCCCAGACGGACUCGACGUCGACCUUCAUCGCGACGGACAACCCCUACUCCGUCUUCUCGCCCCAGGAGCGCAAGGUCCAGUUCCUGCUGGACGUGCGGCGCGCGGUCGCGCGGACGGUGCUCGACGACGUGCUCGAGGGCAACGUCGUCAUGGCCUUCAUCAUGCUGCUGGUCAUCGGCACGAUCCUGUACGAGCAGGUGCUGGGCUUGAUGUACGGCCUGUCCAACGGCUUCGUGGACACCUACGUGUUAUUUCUCAUCAUGUGGAUCUUCACGGCCGAGGUGACGAUCAAGAUGACGGCGCACGUCUACUGCCACCGGACGCUGUCGAAGUUCUUCACGGACUUCUUCUGCGUGAUGGAUCUUUUGUUGGUGCUCUUCGAUCUCAUCUCCUACUACGCGUUCGAGUCGUCGGGCGGCGCGACGAACAACCUGCGGACCGUGCGCAUGCUGAAAUUAUUCAAAUCCGCGCGGAUCAUGCGCGUCGUCGGCCGGGCCGUGAAGAUCCGGCGCGCGAAGAUGGCCGCGGCCCAGGCGGAGAAGGACAACGCGGACAUGCUCGACCUCAUCGGCAACGAGAGCGAGACGACGCUCCGGGGGCUCCACAAGCACGGCGUCGCGGCGGUGUGCGUCGACACGCUCGACUCCGCGGGCGACGGCGUCCACGACGCGGAGCUCGGCGAGGAGACCUACAAGCUGGCCAUGACGUUGCUCAACACGGGCAACAAGGAGAUCUACGACGCGUUCCAGGCCUGCGCGCGGUCCAACUCCGCGGAGAAGCAGUUCUUCGCGGAGCGCGUCAUCUGGGACACGACGGUCUUCUCGCUGCCGGGGGCGCUCGCGGCCCACAGCGAGACGACGGACGUGGAGCGCUACGAGCGCGCGGAGACGGAGGCGCGGGGGCUCGAGUCCGCGUCGUCCAAGGCCGUCGCGCUGGGGGCCUUCGCGCCCGACGCGCGCGAGAUCGUCGAAACCACCAAAACGGCCGAGGCCAUCUCGUCUUCCGAGCUCGCGGAGCGCUGGCUCGCGUCCAUCGUCGCCAACUACUCCGCCGCGGACCAGCUCCUCAUCCAGCACGCCAUCGAGACGUCGACGAAGAAGGGCGUGCCGGAGACGUCGCCCGCGAUCAACGAGGCGAAGACGGCGCUCAUGGGCCUGCGCUACGGCCAGCUCAACGCCGUGCUCGUCGCCGCGCUGGGCAUGCUGAGCGUGCUCAUGACCGACAGCAUCUCGAAGAUGCUCGACGCGUGCACGGACGGCGUCAACUUCGCGACGGUCGUCACGCCCAACGAGCCGGAGCUCACGCAGCUCAGCCAGUGGUCCACGGAGGGCAAGAUCUACUUCGUCAGCCUGUCCGUGGGCUUCAUGAACUUCUGGAUCGCCGUCUACAUGCUGUGCUACAUGGAGUGGAACAAGCGGCGCGACACGAACGAGAAGACGCUCAAGCGCUUCGCGGGCAUCCUGAACUCCUACGGCUCCGUCGACAAGUUCGCGGCGCUCCUGUCCAUCAUCUCGUCGCUCAACUACGGCAUCUCCGUGACGUCCAUCUUCUCCGUCGUCGUCACGCUCGUCGCGACGAAGACCGCCAAGACCAUCGAGAAGACCGUGGCGAACCUGCCCAAGGUCCAGGACUGGAUGCUCGACCCGGACGCGCGCUUCACGUCGACGAGCCACCUCCGGCGCCUGCUCCUGUCCAUCGCGCCGAGCGCGUCGAAGCACAUCGAGGAGGCCGUCGCGCUGCUCAGCGAGGGCGACCUCGAGCGCGCGUCCGAGGCCGAACUCAUGGACCUCGUCGUCGCGGAGAGCAGCCGCAUCAUGUACCUGGCCAAGGACCUCGGCAAGCAGCUCCACGCGUCGAACGGGCCCUCCGUGUCCACGCGGCAGCGCCAGCCCACGGAGCUGCUCCUCCUGCUGAGAAACGCCGUCCGGUUCCCGCGCGUCGUCAAGGCGAAGAAGGGCUAG